AUGUCCGAAGAAAAGUGGGUUGCGGCUCACAAACACUAUUCUGGCACGAUCUAUGGAUUGGAACAUCACCUCUCAAACAGAACACUGCGGCCACAAGACCGACAAGAAAAGGAAAUCCUAAGCUCAAUAUUAGACAGAGUCACCCUCUCACAUGAUGGCAUUGAUCAAUAUAUUUGGAUGCCAGACAAAAGGGGGACCUUCUCGGUGAAGAGCUUCGGGCUCGAACUUGCAAAAAGGACGAACAUGAGUAAUCUCCCAACAUUUAAAGGGCUGUGGGCUGGCCUCAUCCCAUUCAGAAUCGAGAUGUUCUCUUGGUUCGCCCUCUUGGGCAAACUAAACACCAAGUCAAAGCUGAUAAACCUGGGUUUAAUACCCCCUUCAGAAAGUCUAUGUGUCCUCUGCGAAUCCUACCAGGAAUGCCAUAACCAUCUGCUCCUCCAAUGCGACUUUGCCGACACUUUAUGGAAAUGGUGGCUGAACCUAUGGGGCAUCAAGUGGGUACUUCCAUCCACAAUUAAACUGGCAUAUGAACAAUGGCAGCAUCCGAACCAUGGGAACUUCUUCAAGAAGGUAUGGAAGGCCGCUUUCUUCAUCAUAAUAUGGUCAAUAUGGAAGGAACGUAACAUGAGAAUUUUCGAACAAAAGGCAAGUCCGCCUUGUGACAUCCAGAACCUCAUCUUACUAAGGAUUAGUUGGUGGAUCAAAGGAUGGGGAGACCCUUUCCCAUAUUGCUCCGAUGACAUCCUCCGUAACCCGCAAUGUCUGAAAUGGCGAGGCAUUACCACCAAGCUCUUUCGACCAGAACACAAACAGUGUGAUUGGCUACCCCCUCCAAACGGGUCUCUGAAAUGGAAUGUCGACGCCUCGCUCAAAACCUCCUUGCCUAAGUCAGCUAUUGGUGGAGUUUUGAGAGAUAUCAAUGGAAAUUUCAGAUGCUUAUUCUCAACCCCAAUACCCACCAUGGAAAUCAAUAAUGCCGAGGUCCUGGCAAUCCACCGUGCUAUAAAAAUCUCCAAAGGCAGUGACAGAUUAUCACAAUGCAAGUUAACAAUUGAGUCCGACUCGGCCAACGCAGUAAAAUGGUGCAACGAGAGCAAUGGAGGCCCAUGGAACUUAAACUUUAUCCUUAACUUCAUACGAAACUCUUCAAAAGAGGGCCUAGGAAUCGAAAUCAUUUACAAAGGCAGGGAAUCAAAUUUUGUUGCUGACUCAUUGGCAAAGCAGGGGCUCGUAAAGGAAGAUGAAUUUCUAGCCUGGAUGUAG